AUGAAGCUCUCCAUCUUCCUUCCCCUGGCUGCCUUCCUGACCCUGACGGCAGCCGACGUUGCCCACACUAAUGAUAACAUUAGCUCGUGCUUGAACCAAUGUCUGAACGAGGGAUCCGCCGUCGCGGGAUGUCUCUCGCAGUACGACACGGAUUGUACCUGCACAAGCCCGGCAUUCAGGGAUACUGUGCAGAUGUGCUUGACGCUUGCUUGUACGGCCGAUGAUGCAGCAAGUAUGAUUAACCCUUCCUAUAUUCGAUACGAGGACCACCCGCUAAUCAUUUGA